UGCGCAGCCAGACCCAUUCCGCACACGCCGGUGCCCACGCGCCGGGGUAGUUGCGCAGGGGCUGCCGCAUUCCCCGAGUGUAGUAACCGCUCCCCUAGUUCCGGGUGGUUUGUGGCCCCGCCAUGGCCGCGGCCAGCGGGAACCGAGCUCGGGAUAAGUACUCGGUGCUGCUGCCCACCUACAACGAGCGCGAGAACCUGCCGCUCAUCGUCUGGCUGCUGGUGCGGAGCUUCCAAGAGAGUGGAGGCAACUUUGAAAUUAUAGUCAUAGAUGAUGGAAGCCCAGAUGGGACACGGGAAGUUGCUGAACAGUUGGAAAAGAUAUAUGGUUCAGAUAAAAUUCUUCUAAGACCCAGAGCAAAAAAGCUGGGAUUGGGCACUGCUUAUAUUCAUGGAAUGCAGCAUGCCACAGGGAAUUUCAUUAUUAUUAUGGAUGCGGACCUCUCGCACCAUCCAAAAUUUAUUCCAGAGUUCAUCAAAAAGCAAAAAGAAGGUAACUUUGACAUUGUGUCUGGAACUCGGUAUAAAGGAAAUGGAGGUGUGUACGGCUGGGAUUUGAAAAGAAAAAUAAUCAGUCGUGGUGCCAACUUUGUAACUCAGGUUUUGUUGAGGCCAGGUGCAUCAGAUUUAACAGGAAGUUUCAGGUUAUACAGAAAGGAGGUCUUGCAGAAACUAAUGGAAAAAUGUGUUUCUAAAGGAUACGUCUUCCAGAUGGAAAUGAUUGUUCGAGCUAGACAGUUAGGAUACACUAUUGGAGAGGUUCCAAUAUCAUUUGUGGACCGUGUCUAUGGAGAAUCUAAACUGGGAGGCAAUGAAAUAGUGUCUUUCUUAAAAGGACUGUUAACUUUGUUUGCAACUACAUGAUAAGAGCUUACCCUAAGUUAAUUCUUAUUUAAAAUGCAACAUUCUCAUGAGUUAAAUGUAAUUUUUAAAAUACAUACAGUUGUACAAGCUUGCUGCUUUGCCUAGUUACCAGGAGACACAUCACCUAUUUGUGGUUAAGUGAACCAACAAUAAUAAAGCAAAUAAACUGUAUCACAGAAUAUUAUUUUCAAAUUAGAUGAACUAGUGUAUUUAUGAACAAUGUAUAAUAACGAAAACUCACACAGUACUGUUUUUUGUACGAAUAAUGAGGUGUUAAUAAAUUAGACCACACUUCA